AUGACGAUCCUCUACACCACAUUACUUUGCUGCUCUUUGCUCUCACUUUUCCAGUUCAGAGCGUUUGCCUUUUCUCCCGUGAAAUACCCACAAUUUCAUGGUCCAUCCAAUGCUGCUUCCAACAAGCAUCGGUUGUCACCACUUUCGUCGUCAUCAUCUUCUUCUUCCAGUGCUACCCAAGAAAACACGGAGGAUCCUCUGGAAGAACUCGAUCAAACUCGAAAGAAAAAUCUGUACCAAUGUCUACUGAGAGACCUGCAAAUCGAGGGUGUGCCGUUGCUCGAGUGUGACGCCGCCCAGGCCCAUAUUCUUCAGGCAGCCCUAUGGACUACAAUGGCAGAGUUAUCCGACCAAGACGAGGGACAAAAAGUGUGCCUGGUCCUGGAGAACAUUGGAGUGGAUGCCUUGCGAACCUUUGUCGACGAUUUUUUGGUGCUCAAGACGCAGACCAGAUUGAUGGAUCAUCUACCAGAGUUACAGCGCUUUAGCAUCAACGUGGUUGGCAAGGGCGCUGGACCCGCAAUGGUCAUUGAAACCGCCAAUAAAACAUCCACUGGAUCCAGUGAUACCCAAUUUCCAAAUUACCAAGAAUCCAAAGUCAAUGCGGCCAUGAAAUCCUUCAUCGGUCGACUUGUGGUUUCGGAACAGCUUUGUCCUUACACAAAGAGCCCAUGCAAAGCACCAGAAGGCCUGGAAGCUCUCAACGUUAAGCCUGGGCAGAUUGGUUAUCGUUACUGCGGAUUUCCAGACUGCUGUCAUGUCCUAUCUUCCUUUUGGAAUUGCAUCUGCGAGAUGUUAUCAGUCCCAGACACUCAGCUUGGCUCCGUUGUCUUGUCCAUGCCUGCCAUUGGAGACAACAACAAGCCAAAUGACAAAGAUCAUGCAAGGUUCUCAGCCAUGGCUGAACUCAUCAGUCGAAGUCUUUGCUUGUUUAGAGGAGAUGACGUGUUUGAGACGCUUCACUUCUACCGAAAUUACGACAGAGACAAGGUGUUUCCAGCCGAUAGCCCCGCACACGGUCACUUGCCCCCGUUGGACUGGCUCAGACCAAUGCUGCGCCAAAGUGGAAAUUUCCAAGAAGCUGACAAUUUAUCUGACAAUGAUCUUCGACUGUCCAACUAUCAACGGCGAUCUCCCUUUGCUGCGGUUGUCAUAAAGCGUGUGGGUCACUUUGAAGUUUUGGCGGGGUCUGCCAAUGAGAUCAUUGACCUGGAACUCGACGAUGGAAGGAUCGAAAAGGCUUCGGGAGUGCCAACCUAUGCAAAGAAUGCCAUACAGCUAGCCAUGGCAGGGGAACAGACGCUGAGCUCAGGAUUGGAUUCUGAAGUUGAAAUGGGCCGAUCAUAA